CACCGCCAGCCCAUUCCAGCAAUGGCUUCAAUAUCACGGCGGCUUGUGCUACUAUCGCGGCGCUGUCCGUCGAGAACGCCCUCCGCAUACGCCGCGCCAAAGUACACAGCCCAAUGGCAGGCCCGACCGCUAUCCUCCACGCCCGCCCGCCGCGCAGAUGAGAACAACCCUGGGCCCCCAAAGGAAGCCGCCAUCCCCAGCGCAACGCCCUCGGAUCCCAUCGCAGAGGCGACAGAUCCUGUUUCUACUCCCAAGCAAGGGACUGCUGCGUCAGCGCUCAAACAGCUCGCGGAGGACUUGAAGGCACUGGAUCCGGAAGUCAUUGAGGAUGCGAUCCGCAAGGGCCGCGAGGGCAUAAGCUGGACCAACGACGAGAUGACCAAGAACAUGAACGAAGAAGACUGGAUCAUCGACGAGGACGACCCGCGCAAGGCAUCGCUUGGGUUUUGGUCCGAGGGCGAGCCCACGCUGGGCAAAGACGAGGACUACUACGGCGACGACCUGACGAGCUUGGGUCACGGAGAGUUGGAGCAGCACAGAGAAUUGAGGGAGUAUGCGCGGUUGAUUGCGUGGGAGCUGCCGCUGCUGAGCCAACUCGCACGCCCUUUCGAGCCCCCCACCGCAGAAACCCCCUUCCGCUUCCGCUAUACCUCCUACCUCGGCGAAUCGCAUCCCGCCACCAACAAAGUCGUCGUCGAGUUCUCCGCCAACGACCUCGCCCUUUCCCCAACCCAACGCGACAAGCUCAUCAAACUCGCCGGCGUGCGCUUCAACCCGGACACCGAGAUCAUCAAAAUGUCGUGCGAGGCCUUCGACACGCAGGCCCAGAACAAGCGCUUCCUCGGCGAGACCAUUACCAAUCUCCUGAAUGAAGCGAAGGACUCGAGGGAUACCUUUGCCGACGUGCCGUUCGAUUUCAGACACCACAAGCCCAAGUUCCGGCCGGAGUUUCCCAAGGAGUGGAUCAUGACGGAGCAGAGGAAGAAGUAUUUGGCGGAGAAGAGGGAGCAGAUGAUGCUGUUGGAGGAGGAGAAGGCGAAUACGAGCGGCUUGGUGGACGGCAAGAACAUUGUUGCGAACAGUAUGCCUGCGGCAAUCGCGCAGCCCGAACCGGUGAUGGUUGGUGGACCGAGGGGCAGGGCGCUGCGUUGAGCGACGCGAGGGUACGAGGGACUGGUUUGACUUGCAUUUUCAAGGGGUAGAAGCGCGGAAGAGCUGUAUAUCAUGUUGUACACUGUAACAUAUAGCAAGAGCUGCUGCCGGUGGCGGCGCAGUACUGGACUUGUAAAAAUACAACCAAAGAUGGAAGCAAUGUAUUCUGAGCCGC